AUGACUCUCAUCAUCACUUCUCUCAUCGCAUUCACAAUAUUCUCAGCAGCAGCAGCGGCCGGAGACUUCCAAACUCAGCCCCCCCUUGGCGGAAUCCAACCCCCGGUAGACGGUGAAUGCGCCCCGGGUAGGUUCAUCUGCGGAUGGGGAUGCAUAGCUCGGCACCUCCGCUGCUGCUCCAGGUCAGACACGGACGAGUACUGGUCCUGCUCGAGGGAUGAGGCGUGUGGAGGAGCCCCAAAAUACGGGUGUUUCCUGAUCGACGAGCUUGCUCCGUCGCUGCCGCCCCUGACUUUCACAUCUGUGCCGACCUCUCUCUCGCGCCCGGGCGGCGAGAGCUUCAACCCGACCUUUACCCUUUCCAUCCCCGCCGGUUCCCCGAAAAGCACAUCAGGGUCAGUGGACAGGGAUGAUACGAGCUCUCCCAUGGCCCUGACAUCUCUCACCUCGAUGUCGGGCGCCGUCUUUAUGCGUGAGACGUGUUUCUUCGAUGCGGCAGCGGCAGCAGUAGCAGCCGAGGAAGGUGGACAUGAUAAAUGGACGCCCGGGGACGUGUGCCCCCCUUCGUUGACGUCGACUAUAGAGGUCAGCGGCUCGGAUAUGGUGGGCAGGGCUGAGUCCCGGAUUGCUGCGGCGUUAGUAAUGCUUUUGGUCAUUGUUCUUGUUGAUGGAUUACUGUAA